AUGUCCAACGCCAUGCAUCAUUCAUCAUGCCUCAUGCACGCUGAAUCCAUUUUUCUUCCACUACACCCCUACACACCCAUCACCUUUCAACUCUCCAUUCUUUAUCACUCAUACCCAUCCCUCUCAUUGCCCAUAGUUGCAUUUGACACCCAAAGCUACAAACCCAUUCAUCUCUCUACACCACGUACCUUCCAUGCACACAACCACCUUUAUCCCCUCAUUUCCCUCAACUUCUCUUUCUCUUCCUCUUCCUCUUCCUCUUUCUGCGCCUCUUUUCCGGUGAUCCAAGGUGUGCGGCGCUUCCGGACGUUAACGGAGGGCGGCGUCCACCUGGAGCUCACUCCCACCACCACCUCCCCGCUGGCCAUCAACGUCACUGAAUCAACCGAUAUAAGGAUCCAGCGCCUCAUCUCCGAGAACCCCGUCAUCACCUUCAGCCGUCUCUCCUACUACAUAUGCCACAUCAUGAAGUGCCUGCUCUCCACCAUCGGCGUGCACCCCACCAUCAUCGAAUUGGAUGACGAGGAGAUCGGAGCCCUCGCCGCCCACUCCGCCUACUCCACCUCCACCGCUCCCGUCACCCCCACCGUCUUCAUUAGCAGCACACGUGUCGGAGGCUUGGAGAGCCUCAUGGCCCUCCACCUCAGCGGCCACCUCGUCCCUUACCUCGCCGGUGGUGGAAGCUUUCUCUGGGGAUGA